GCUCCUCCACCGACUAUAAAAAUCGGAAGACCUUGUGGUCAUCUGCAGCAGAAGGCUUUGUGUGCUGAUCGAUUCCUAACUCAGAAUACUGUAACUAUGAAGUCUGAAGUGGGAACUUCUCUGUGCAGAAAGCAAAGUCUUAUAGAAGAUGCUCGGAAGGAGAAGGAAGUAUCGGAGUUAAGUGCGACUGAGCCUAUAGUAACAUGUGAUCACCCAGAUGAUGGCAGCAGCACCUUGAAUCUAAUGUUCACAAUUAGGAAUGCAAGUGCCUCUUCUUUAUCAAGCAGCUUAAAGAUUUUAGAGAAACAUGGCACUAUAAUAUAUCAUAUAGAAACAAGGCCUGCUGGACGGGGCAAGAAGAAAGGAGAAGAAUUGGAGUGCUUUGUGAAAGGCUUCAUUAAUAACUCUUCUAUUUGUUCUUUACUAUCCUCAUUAAAGAAAGUAGCAGGUGAUGUAAAAAUAGUCAAGGAACUAACAGCACCGUCUUUUCCGAGAAAAGUUCAAGACCUGGAUAUGUGCCAGAAUCUCAAUGUGAAAUUUGAACCAAAUUUUGACAAAGAUCACCCAGGAUUUGGUGACAAGGAAUACAAGAAAAGAAGGGUGUAUUUUGCUGAACUGGCUUUCAAGUAUAAAGACGGAAAUGUUAUCCCAAGAAUUGAAUAUACCCCUGAAGAAAUUGCCACUUGGAGACAAGUGUAUAAAUCCCUCAGCAGUCUCUAUCCAAACUAUGCCUGCAAGCAAUACUUAGAUUCGUUUCGCCAGCUGGAGGAAUAUUGUGGAUAUACAGAAAACUCUAUACCUCAACUUCAAGAUGUAUCCAUUUUCCUAAGAGAAAGAACGGGGUUCAAACUAAGACCAGCUGCUGGUUUACUCUCUGCACGAGAUUUUCUGGCCUGUCUAGCUUUCCGUGUUUUCCCGAGCACCCAGUACCUGAGACAUCCUUCAGCUGUGAUGCAUUCACCAGAACCGGACUGCUGCCAUGAACUCCUCGGCCACAUCCCUAUGCUUGCUGAUAGAGACUUUGCACAGUUUUCACAGGAUAUUGGUUUGGAGUCUCUAGGAGCAUCUGAUGAAGAUAUUGAAAAACUGUCAACUCUGUACUGGUUCACCAUUGAGUUUGGACUCUGCAAACAGAAUGGAUCUAUUAAGGCCUAUGGAGCUGGCCUGCUAUCAUCUUAUGGGGAACUCUCGUAUGCUUUAUCAAAUAAGCCUGAGGUCAAACCCUUUGAUCCAGAAGUCACAGCAAUCCAGUCCUAUCAGGAUAAUUCCUUUCAGCCUGUAUACUUUGUAUCAGAGAGUUUUGAAGACUCCAAAGCCAAACUCAGACAAUACGCUGUGAAAAUGAAGAAGCCUUUCUAUCUGCGAUACGAUCCUUUUACUUGCAGUGUUGAAAUCUUGGAUUCUUUUCAGAAGGUCAGGACUGCCCUCUGUCAGAUAAAAGAUGAACUCAGCAGUCUAUGUUCUGCACUUGACAACAUGUACUAAGAUGCAAUGAAGAAACCUACAUAUAUAGAGUUUUUAAAGAUAGCAUACAUAUUCUAAAAAUGCAUAUUUAUUAGAGGAACGGAACAGUAUACCUUGGGGACUACCGCGGAUAAAAUAAGUCCAUUGUUAAGUAAAUAACCUGUAUGUCUUAUACCUUAUAUGGACAAAAUAAUAAUUCAAAUAAACUAAUGGUAUCA